AUGAACGUUCUUGUCGUCGCGGCUGAUCACUCCGAGGACAUCGAGCUCGUCAGUAUUAUUGACGUCCUCUCUCGCGCUGCCAUCAAGGUCACACUCGCUUCUGUGAUGGAGUCGAAGUCCAUUACGCUGGCACACGGAUUGAAGGUGAUGUGCGAUGCUCUGAUUGGAGAAGUCUCUGCGGUUGAAUACGACGCGGUGCUCCUUCCCGGUGGCAUGCCAGGAGCCGUUCAUCUCGGCAACAGCGAAGCGCUGAAGAAGAUUCUGCACAACGCCCGGGUGGGGAAAAAGCUGUACGGCGGAAUCUGCGCUGCUCCCGCCGUCGUUCUUGCUCCUAUGGGACUGUUGGAGGGUGUGGAUACCGUCACUUGCUACCCCAGCUUUGAGGAUAAGCUGCCCUCUUCGGUCAAGUACUCCACAAACGCUGUUGUGAAGUCAGAGAACUGUCUCACCAGCCGCGGCCCCGGCACCGCCAUCUACUUUGCGCUUGCCGUUGUUUCGAUUCUCAAGUCACCUGACCUGGCUGAGAGGCUCGCCAAGGCCAUGCUUGUGGAUCACAACAGGGAGAUGAACGACGUGCGCGCCAUCAAGUAA